AUGGUGCAGAAGUUGUUUGAGCCUAGGUGUACUUUGGUGAUGGGAAUGGGAUCUUAUAAAACUGGCAACAUGAUCAAACAUAUAUACCUUCAGUUGAUAGGGGAACAAGAGAGAGUUAUCUGGAAGGCUCUGAGAUUUGCAAAUGAUGCUAGGCCAAAAGCACAAUUCACUUUGUGGCUACAGCUUCAUGGUCGACUCCUAACAGCUGACAGAUUGUUAUCUUGGGGAAUGAGCAUAGAUAAGAAGUGUUCUCUAUGUCAAUUACAGGAUGAAACCCGGAACCACCUCUUCAUGGAAUGCUCAUAUGUCAAGCAGGUGUGGGAUGGUUUACUGAAGUGGAUGUGCAGAGCAGCUCCGGUGCAAACAAACUGGGACCAACAUAUCUCUUGGAUCAUCAGGCAAUCUAAAGGGAAAUCAAGGAAAGCACACGUAUUUAAGUUGGUGUAUACUGAAUUUGUGCAUGCUAUUUGGAUCGAAAGGAAUGGUAGAAUAUUUGAGAAGAAGCAAAAGGAGUAUAAGCAGCUAAUCAAGGAAGUGACAUAUAUAAGCUGUGUUCGGGCAACUACUAGAACUAAAUCUUUGUUUCAAUCUUUCCUCUUGUAA